AUGGUUGGGGAUGUUCAUGGCGCAAGUGACGAUGGAAAAGCCGUGACGGUCAUUAGUUUUAUUUCCUGUUUGAAUGUCAAGGACGUGACACUUAGUAUUGGAGAUCCUGAGAAGGAUGAGUUUGCGGACUUUUAUCAUGCUUUUUCCAGGGCUUAUGAUGCCAUGUUGUCGGGUGAAAAUGCGACGUCGGAUGCGUGUCAAUUGCAGUUUUUACAGAAAGAGUUGCUCGAGAAUUUAUCGACCGAGUUGGAAGAUGAAACUGAUACUAUGGAAAUCAAACCCACGUUGAUCAAAUUACACUCGAGUGAGAAUGAUGAAUUGGCCUGUCUUAAGAAGAUUAAACAGCUUUGGCCCGUGACGAGUGAGAGCCAUACUCCUUUUUUGACGAGAAGUGAUCAGGAGAAUGUAAAAGCUACCGUCAUGUUGGUCCAUGUGAGUGCACUCAUGGGAGAUGAUAUUCUUGCGUUACCAUGUGUCGAAAGUGUCACGGUCUUGCCAGCGAUUCUCAAGCUUAUGCCAUUUGCAAAGAGUUCGUACGCUCUUUCUCGAGAUUCGACCAAGUCAAAGGAAGGACCGGCACUUGAAAUCAAGUUGGCCAACGUCGUAAUCACUGCACAGGCACUGACGAGGUUAUCUACCCGUGUGACAAAGGCGACGGGGAUUCAGAAUUUGAUUACGAUGAAGAGCUCGACAGCAGAGACUGGAGGUGUCUUGGUGCAGGCAGCGGUGGAUGAUUAUCACACGUGGACUCUGGCACUGGCGAUUGUGCUAGAUGACGAAGCGGUGGAGUGGGUCGAUUUGCAACAGGUAGUUACCACAAGUUCACUGCAAGCGUUGAAGACGCCUGCCAUUGAGCAGCGACUGCUUCGUCAGAAUUUUGAUGAGGAGACCGAUAUGGAUGAGACGAAACUGGAGCACACGAGCCGACGACUGGAUGACUACGUCCAAGAUGUGAUGGGUGUUAACAUUAUGCGGGAACACAACAUCACGGGUAGCUCCAUUAUUGUAGGUAUAACGGAUACAGGACUUUACAUUGAUCACGAUCAAUUUGACCAGGAAUCACGGAAGAUGUACGACGCAGAAGAUAUGACUGCGCGCAAGGUGGUUUACUACCAGACAUUUGCAAACAACGUGGAUGAGGCUGAAGGUGGGACGUGUGGACACGGCACACAUGUAUCAGGUAUUUUGGCAGGUAGUUCGUACAACAAGAUGAACAGUAAUCUUGGCAUUGCAUCCAGUGCACGCAUCGCCUUCAUGGACGUUGGCAAGCAAGACGCAAAGUGCGCUGGAAAUAGUGGCUGUGAUGUAUCACUGGAGACACCCGGUGAGGUGGCAAACCUUAUGAAGGCCCAAGUUGACACGGGUGCCAAGAUCUUUUCCUUUUCAUGGGGAACAGGAGCCAACGACUACAACACGCAGACCGAGCAGGUGGAUGAAUACAUUUACAACAACCCGGAGAUUCUCAUUAUUGUAGCAGCAGGCAACAGCGGUGAAAAAGGCUCACACACUAUCAGCAGUCCGUCAGGGGCGAAAAACGUUGUUUCGGUUGGUGCGAGUCUCAAUUCAGUGGCUUCAUUCGUGGCUACACCGUGUCAAACAGUGUUGAAUGAAAACACCGUUGCGUCGUUCUCAUCCAUCGGACCAACUCUGGAUGGACGACAGAAGCCUGAUCUGGUUGCGCCCGGUAUGACGAUCAUCUCGUCGCAAUCCGAAAAGCCAGGCUCGACGACCAAGUCUUCGGCUGUAUGUCCGCUACAGGGAACGUCGCAGUCCACGCCAGUCAUUGCUGGUAUGGCCGUGUUAAUCUACGAGUGGCUGCGUGAUGGCUGGUGGAAGAACGGCGUGCCUGACCCUACGUUUGGCAUGGAUACGAUACCGGCAUCAUUGAUCAAGGCACUACUGCUUCACAGUAGCGAGGCAAUGUCUCGACGUCUGGUCCAGCCUGGCACUGGUGUCACAUCGUGUGUGGCGUUAGAAGCUGCUGCAAAGCCGCUCAAGUCUUACCCUGACUUCAAUCAAGGCUACGGAAAGCCGACAAUGCUCAAUCUAGUGUCUUUCUUGGACACGAACGGCGAUUCAUCGGUGUCUUCAUCAAGCAGCAACACCAUCUACUUCUUUCCAAAUUCCUCGGAUGGUUCCGAGCCCAGCGUAGUCGAAGGCAGCGAAGUUACAUUCCACUUCAUGCUUACAGCCGGUGUCAAUCUGCGCGUGACACUUGUGUGGACAGAUCCACCUGCAUCAGUGGGAAGCAAACUUGCACUGCAAAAUGACCUCGACUUGACCUUGAAGGUUGCAAAUACGACAGCAUUGUUUUACCCGUUAUCUGGUAAUGGCGCUCGUGACUCGGUGAACAACGUGGAAAUGGUAGAAGUGUCCUACGACGACGUUUUUCUUGCUGUCACAAAGGCCGGCAGGGUUGUCAAGGACGGAAACAUCUACGUCCAGGCUGUUGUAAGUGGCCACAGCGUCAAAGCCGGUGAAAACGCUACCACCACUGGUCAGAAGUUUUCCAUUGUGGCGUCUUCGAUUCCGUCUUCAACUUCCAUGGUGUCGUCUAGCGCAGAAGAUGCGGCGUUUUGGCAGCCAUGGAUCAUGAUCGGUGCAAUCAUCGUUUGCGUUUUGGUUCUGCUCUUUGUCGUUGCGUUGAUUUGGCGUAUGCGCGUCAAGACUGACAAUCUCAAGGCGAAUGCGCUUGCCAGUGCUGUUGGAGGAAGAACGAAACGAAGUCAUGGGGAUCAGUACAAGCGGGCAAUCGAUGAACGCGUGAGUGUCCCGUUCAUUCAUCCAAACUACUACAAUGUCAAGGCAGGAGGCAUUCGGAGUUCUGCUCUAGAACCUCUGAGUAGCAGACGCUGCGCAUACGACCCAUCUGCAGGAGUUUUGCGUGAACCAAGUCGCCGUCCCGUUGGUGAUUUUGAUCCUUCAGCUGCUGCUAAGUGUGUGCCUAGUCGUCGUUCUGGAGACUCCAUUGAACCAACUUCAGCACAAAAGAGUGGUCGUCGCGCUGCUGCAGUGGCAUUGCAGACGCCAGCUACUCCUUCACAGAAAACAUCGCGUCGCAAUCGAGAGUACCAAGAUGGAAGUGACCGUAGACUGGAAAAGAAGCGCAGUGAUAGCAGCGAUCUGGACUAUAAACGAAGUGAGAGGAGACGGAAUGACAGUAACGAUCGUAGUGAUCGUAGUGACCGUCCUGCGAGAACGAGAACGAGAACGAAAAGCGCUAGAAAGAAGGAACCUAUCAUUCGAGACACGGCGUACUAA